UGAAAUACAUACAAUGGCAAACUAUUACGUUCCAACCGAGGCGCGUGAAAAAGCGUCUUCGAAUAUACGAUAUACGCCACGUAUACUGGGCAGAAGGUUUGCGCUAACAUCAACUUCCUACAAAUGGAUUGAUGUAGCGAUCAACGUGGGAUCUGUUUCCUGCUCCGUGGAGAUAUCGCUCGGCGAUACACGCGGCAACCGGAUUGUCCUACCAUACAGAACGUGGAGAGCUCUGUUAGAUAAACGUGCGGAUUUCGAGCGAUUCGUCCAGUCAACCGAAGCACCAUCGUUACCGAUUCAUGACCUUACCGUGCAACUCGUGAAAUUGCGUGAUGAAAGUAUUGUUAAGUUAUCUUUACUCGAUGCAUGUAUUUACCUCAAGCCUACAACCAUGCUAUUCAUGUUUGAAUUAGAGCACUGUGUGGAGCACAAUCCCAAUAGUACGUAG